AUGGCAGCCUCACAGUGGAAAAGCACGCUGUACGCCUCGGACCAAUUCGUCGAAGCCUGCGGGGCCGUCGUCUUCGACACUUCCACCUCUCCCUCUCCCUCCCCCUCCUCCCCCGCCCAAGAACAACCCCCUCGGAAAGUCCUCCUCCUCCACUACACCCCCCUCAACGAAUGGCUCCUCCCCAAGGGCCGCCGCAACUGCUCCGAGCCCCGCCCCGUCACCGCCGUGCGCGAGGUCCUCGAGGAGUCCGGGUACGCCGUGCGGCUGUGCCCGCUGACCAUGGCCACCCGCGCGCCGUCCGCCCUCGAGCCCGCCGACGUGAGGGAUGUGCCGCGCACGUACGAGGCGCUGACGGAGCCGUUUGUCUUGGACUUCAGGGAGCUGGGCGGGGGGGACGGGGUUAAGCUUGUGUGGUGGUACAUCGCGGAGUUGGAAGGGGUGGAGGGGGGGGUGGGAAAGGGGGAGGAGGGGUUCGAGGCGAGGUGGUUCCCGUGUGCGGAGGCGGUCGAGAGGCUGACGUUUAGGCAGGAUAGGGAGGUUUUGGAGAGGGCGUUGGGGAUUGUGGGGGUUGCGGCUACGGGGAGGGAGGGCUGA